AUGCCUGUCGAUAAAGACUUGAAAGCGGCAUAUAGUGUUUUAUAUGACGACCGCGAUCCGUUGAAGGCUCUGCAAUUGUAUGACAAAAUCCUGACCGACUACCCUGGGAACUUGAUGGGUACGGUUUACAAAGCAGCAGCGUUGGAAAAGCUUUAUUAUGGAUUUUCUGGCUGGCAUAACGACCAGACGCUCGAAAAUGCCCGGCAGCUUUUGGAGGAUGCGUUGAAAUUGAGUCAGGCGAGAGGCGACAGAUCUAAAGUUGGUUUGGUUUACUUCCGCCACUUUGUCCAUUACUUCAAUGAUAAGGACUAUGAUAGGGCCAGCAGCUUCAUGGGAAAAUGUAAAGAGUAUGGGUAUAAGGACGACACCUUGCCGAUGUGGGAAGCGGAACUGGACCGAAAGCUGAAGAAAAGAGCCAAAAAGCAAGUGCCAAGGGCCGAGGAUAUUCGGGAACUGCCUGUGAAAGAAGCUCAACAGCCAUCUGCCAUCGUGGAGAGUAAACCUGUCCAAGUUGAAGAGAAGCUGAGGACUGACUGGUACCAAACGUCGAAUGAUAUCGUCAUUUCGCUGUUUACGUCCCGCCUUCCUCAAUCAGAUAAAGAUGUGACAGUUCACGUACAAGCGGCCGAUAAAAGAUCGGCAGAAAUCUCGUACUUGAUUCCUGGAUCCAGCUCUGAGUUUCAAUAUGCUAUAAAAUUGGCACAUGAAGUGAUGCCAGAGGGAGUCGCUGCCAAGCUCUUCACAAAGAAGUUGGAAAUUACCUUCAAGAAGAAGCAGAAUUUGCAAUGGAAAACGCUUGAAGAUGAAAGUCCCGCUCAGGCCGCGCCUCAUACCUCAGUUUCGAAUAAUUCGAGCACAGAUGUGCCGCUCAGCUAUCCUUCGUCUUCCAAGAAGCAAAUUGACUGGUCCAAGCUUGACCUGGAUGACGAGAACGACGAUGAUUCCACUUCUGCUGAUGCGUUUUUCCAAAAGCUGUACGCCGAUGCGGACCCAGACACUAAGAGAGCAAUGAUGAAAUCGUUCAUAGAGAGUAAUGGAACAGCACUAAAUACCAACUGGGAGGAUGUAUCCAAGAAAAGAGUCGAAACAGCUCCACCGGAAGGCAUGGAAGCUAAGAGCUGGUAG